CCCGACGCAUAGCGAAGCGCAAUACACAGAAUGUCCACUACGUCCGUGAAGUAUGUUCAGCUCGGAAGAAGCGGCCUUCGCGUCUCAGUGCCUAUUCUAGGAGCGAUGGGAUUCGGUAACCCGAAGUGCGGGGCAACGGACGAGUCGACACAAUGGAUCCUCGGAGAAGAGGCCGCAUUACCAAUCCUGAAAGCUGCUUGGGACCGCGGUAUCAAUACGAUUGACACUAGCAAUAACUACUCGAAUGGUGAUUCCGAACGUAUCAUCGGGAAGUUCAUGAAGAAGUAUCAAAUCCCUCGCGAGGAAAUCAUCAUCGCCACCAAGUGCUGGGGUCUUGUCGGCAAGGGCGCCGACCAUGACGUCCUCACCUACGCCUUAUACCCGGAGAUCAACCAGCGCAAGCAGUACAUCAACCAGUCCGGCCUCUCGCGAGCGGCUAUCUUCAACGCCGUCGAGGGCUCGCUGGCGCGCCUGGACACGCCUUACAUCGACCUCUACCAGAUUCACCGCUUCGACUUUGACGUACCGCCCGAGGAGACCAUGAAGGCGCUUCACGACCUCGUGGAAGCGGGCAAGGUGCGCUAUAUCGGCGCGAGCUCGAUGCGGGCGUGGCAGUUUGCGCUGUUAAAUGAGGUGGCGGAGAGAAAUGGGUGGACGAAGUUUGUGAGCAUGCAGGACGAGUACUCGUUGCUGUAUCGCGAGGAGGAGCGCGAGAUGCAUGCAUACUGCCAGUACCAUGGUAUCGGUGUCAUUCCGUGGUCGCCUCUUGCUGGUGGACUUCUUGCUCGCCCGCUGAACUCUGAGAAGACCCCUCGUUCGAAAGUAUUUUCGGUUUCAGGCUCGUCGUUGAGUAAAGCAGAUAUGGAGAUUGUCAGGCGCGUGGAAGAGAUCGCGGCGAAGCGAGAGUGGAAGAUGUCUCAGGUCGCUCUCGCGUGGGUUCAACGCAAGAUUACAAGUCCUAUCGUCGGCUUUAACACGAUCAGCCGCGUCGACGAAGGCGUUGUGGAUAGUGAGCUGACGGAAGAUGAGAUCGAUUACCUCGAGGAGCCGUAUCAGGCUAAAGCCGUGCGGGGUCAUGCUUAGAUCCAGGCUCCUGUACUCGCAACGGGGUCAAAAGUCGAAGAGUCGAGUAUAUGUCCGUCUCUGUAUUGUUGCUGCUCUUUCAAGGCAUCCAGUGCGAUUGUUUCAUGACCGUCCAUGCUUCUCCCU